UCACUAUUCUGCUCCGCCAUUCACAUUAUGCCCUUCUAAUAUAAUACGUACUUUAAUAUAUUAACAGUAUAUUUUACAUUACAAAAGAUUAUUUUAUAUAUUAUAUAUGUGAUAUGUGAUUUGUUGCACGUGGAGAUUAAUCAUGAAUGGUUUGCCCUCUAUCUCAGAUCUGAUCUCUACACCUGAUAGUAUGGCAAGAGCGACGGCGGAGCUGAUCCUAAUCCCUUCUCCGGCGAUGGGCCAUGUUGCCGGGAUGCUGGAGUUCGCUAAGCUCCUCAUAAAACGAUCUGAAAACCUCUAUAUAACCGUCGUUAUCAUCAAGCUCCCUGAUUAUAUCGAUUCCGUCAGCGGCACUUUCGUCGACGCCGUCAUCGGUUCCGCCCAAGAAAGUCGCCUCCGGUUUUUCCACCUCCCACCCACUGAUCCAGCUAGCGAGUGGAGCUCCAAAACUCGAGGCCACUUCGUCUAUAGGCUUGUACAGAGCCAGAGAAAUCACCUUAGAGAUUUCUUCCAGCAGCGCCGCCGCCGCUGCGGCUUUGACUCCGACUCUCCGGGGAUCGUCGGGGUGGUGGUUGAUAUGUUAGCUACGCCGUUAAUGGAGGUGGCGGAGGAUUUUGGGAUUCCCAGCUACGUGUUCUUCACCUCGGGAGUUGCGUUUCUAGGGCUCAUGCUUCACUUCCAGGUUCUUCAGGACGAGAAGGGGGAAGACGUCUCUGAGUUAGUGAACUCGUUGACUGAGUUGUCCUUUCCGAGUUAUGAUAACUCAGUUCCAGCUUCAGUGUUGCCGAUGGUACUUGUCGACAAGGAGACCUGGCUGGGCAGAUUUGUCUGCUUCGCACGUGACUACAGAAAAGCAAAGGGCAUUAUAGUCAAUACCUUCGCCAGCUUGGAAUCCCACGCCAUAACGGCCUACAAGAGCACCACCGAACAACAACCCCCGCUUCCUCCGCUCCACACUGUGGGACCCAUCGUGAACCAGACACGCACAAUCUCCGGCGAGUCGGCAUCCGUGUCAAACUGGGAUUGGCUGAUGAGCUGGCUGGACGAGCAGCCUCCGGAAUCCGUCGUGUUCGUAUGCUUCGGGAGCCAGGGGAGCCUACCGGAGAAUCAAGUGAGAGAGAUCGCCGCCGGGCUCGAACGCAGCGGCUGUCGCUUCCUCUGGUCCCUCCGGCGGCCACCGCAACGCGAUAGCGACAACAACAAGGCGCAGUUUCCGGGAGAAUACGCGGAUUACAACGACAUCCUACCGGACGGAUUUCUCCACCGGACCGCGGGAACAGGGAAGGUGGUAGGGUGGGUGCCGCAGCUGGAAAUACUGUCACACAGAGCCGUCGGCGGCUUCGUAUCACACUGCGGAUGGAACUCGAUUCUAGAAAGCAUAUGGUGCGGAGUGCCGAUCGCAACUUGGCCGGUGCACUCGGAGCAGCAGGUGAACGCUUUCCAGCUGGUGAGAGAGUUGGGGAUGGCCGUGGAAAUAAGCUUGGACUACUGCGAGAGAAGCGUUAAUGGCGGAGGCGGCGAAAUGGUGACGGCGGCGAAGAUAGAGAGAGGGAUAAAGGGAGUGAUGGAGAAGGAGAGUGAGGUGAGGAAGAAGGUGAAGAUGAUGCAAGAAGAAAGCCGGAGGGCCUGGGAAGAUGGAUCUUCCAUCUCCACACUCAUAGCUCAAUUCACCAACUAACACACUUCACAAUGGCUGAAACCCUGAUUGAUGAUCACCACUUCAGUUCCAUUCUUUCUCAACAUAUGGAAAAUGCUUCUUUUUUCCUAUAAUUUAAUUUACACUAUCAAUUGCUCCAUAUAAGUUUUAUAUUUGACCAUAUACAUGCACACCAUAUUGUAUAAAA